UCCAUCAGUCGCUUUUUCCGCGUGUACUCUCAAGACCAGGAACUUUAUCUUCACUUGACUUCCAUAUAUAAACUGAUGUCUUAUACUAAAUUAGUACCAGCUCUAAUCAGGGCAAAUUCGGAAAAUAUCAAGAGAAUACGUUUUUCUUCGUGUCCUGGGAGGUUUCGGUCAACUGUUGCUUCAACGCAGAGGACAGAGGUUCAGGGUGGGGAGAAAGACCCACGAAUCGAUGGUGACUGUACGGUGACGAAACCGGUUCAGGUUGACCUCAUAAGCCAGACAAAAAACGCCGCAGACACUCACACACUUAAAAUUACAAUUGACUUUGAGAACACCCUGGAAGCGUACAAAAGUAAAACCAACAUCGAGCUUCUGAGAAGUCUUCUGGUGUUUAAGCUAUGUACAUUCGACUUCCUCGUUGACAAGAACAAGGAGUUGAUGAACCUCACCAAGAAGGUCUUUGGCCAGCGACUGUUUGAGAAGCUGAUGAGGAUGACCUUCUACGGCCAGUUUGUGGCAGGGGAGGACCAUAACACAAUCAAGCCGCUGAUCAGGAAGAACCAGGCCUUUGGUGUCGGGGCAGUGCUAGACUACAGUGUGGAGGAAGACCUAACCCAAGAAGAGGCAGAGAAGAAGGAGAUGGAUGCAUGUGUAUCUGAAGCAGAGAAGGAAAGCCCAGGCAUCGGCCAUCGUGAGAAGAAGUACAAGGCCCACCGACAGUUUGGUGACCGGCGAGGUGGAGUGAUCAGUGCCAGGACGUACUUCUACGCUGACGAAGCCAAGUGUGACAGCCAGAUGGAGACCUUCCUCAACUGCAUCAAGGCCUCCGGAGGAAGUUCUGUAGAUGGAUUCUCUGCCAUUAAGAUGACUGCCCUUGGUCGUCCUCAGUUCCUGCUCCAGUUCUCAGAGGUGUUGGUAAAAUGGAGGCAGUUCUUCAACUUGCUCGCAGCACAUCAAGGCAAAUCCGACAUGGCAGCUUUGGAGCAGAAACUGGAUCUGGAGCAACUUAAGGAUAGUUUGACUAAGUUGGGGGUUGGGGACAAAGAUGACAUUGAGAACUGGUUUACCGGAGAGAAACUAGGCUCGUCAGGGACCAUAGACCUUCUGGACUGGAACAGCUUGAUCAAUGACAGAACCAAUAUCUCCAACCUGCUCAUGAUUCCAAACUUUGAGACGGGCAAGCUGGAGCCUCUGUUGAACAAGUUCACCACCGAGGAGGAGAAGCAGAUGAAGAGGUUGCUGCAGAGAGUGGACGUUCUGGCCAAGUAUGCGGUGGAGAACGGCGUGAGGCUGAUGGUGGAUGCAGAGCAGACGUACUUCCAGCCCGCCAUCACCAGGCUGACUCUGGAGAUGCAGAGGAUCUUUAACAGGGAUAAACCCAUCAUAUUCAACACCUUCCAGUGCUACCUCAAGGAGGCCUAUGAUAACGUGUCAGUGGACGUGGAGCUCUCUCGGAGGGAGGGCUGGUUCUUCGGCGCCAAGCUGGUCCGAGGGGCGUACAUGUACCAGGAGAGGUCCCGGGCCCAGGAGAUCGGCUACGAGGACCCCAUCAACCCCGAUUAUGAAGCCACCAACAGGAUGUACCACAAGUGUUUGGAGUACGUGCUGGAGGAGAUCGACCACAACCGCAGGGCCAACGUCAUGGUGGCGUCUCACAAUGAGGAGACAGUGAAGUUCACCCUGGACAAGAUGAACGAGAUAGGUCUGUCUCCCACGGAGAACAAGGUCUACUUUGGACAGCUGCUCGGCAUGUGUGACCAAAUCAGCUUCCCACUAGGUCAGGCAGGCUUCCCGGUGUAUAAGUACGUUCCAUACGGACCGGUGAACGAGGUGAUCCCCUACCUGUCGCGGCGUGCCCAGGAGAACCGUGGUUUCAUGAAGGGCUCGCAGAGGGAGCGGAGCCUGCUGUGGAGGGAGCUCAAACGCAGGCUGGCCGGCGGGCAGGUCUUCUACCGACCCGUCUACUGAGCGGACAGGCUGACCAAUCUCUCCCCCCUCAGCCAGGAUGACCUCCCUACCUCCCCCACACUGACGAUCUCUCCCCCCUCCACCCAGGCUACCUCCAUGGAGACCCCCCCCACCUUCACCCCACGCUCACUGUCUCCUUCCUUUAACCAGGCUGACUCCAUCCACACUCUGCCCUAUCCCGACCAUACUGUCAGUCUCUCUCUCUGUCUCUCUCUCUGUCUCUCUCUCUCUAUCCCCCCCUCCCCCCCACCCAGACUAAUUCAGCCAAUCCUUCCAAACAUUCCAGUCCUUCACCUUUACUGUACCUACGUACCUGAAGCAGAAAGGUCUAACUAUUUAUUGCAUUGCUGAGUUCAACUUUGUUUUCUGUCAAACUUUAGCCGUGACCUAUCGGUGCAUUGAAAAUGCCUCAGCGGUUUGGCCUCAUCUUUGUGCUCUCAGAAUGAUCUCUGUAGUUUUGUUUUGGUAGACACUCCUAACAGACUCGCUGCCAAUUUAUUUAAUAAUAAUAAUAAAACUUUAUUUAUAUAGCACAUUUCAUACAAGAAUUGCAGCUCAAAGUGCUUUACAUAAAAUCAAUAGAAACAAUAAUACAAGUAAUAAAAGUAAUAAAACCCUAUGAACACAAGCCGCAGUCUUUGCGAUAUGUCCAGCUACAGCCUUUGUGGUUUCCCAAUAUCAAUAAAAAUGUCAAAAUAACAUGUUGGGUUUUGUCAGGGUCCUAUAGUUCUGUAUGUCCAUACUGUGUUGCCUGGCUGUUGCUUAUAAAUGCACUGUAGUCCUGUGCAGUAGGGUUUACUGUAAAGUCUGACUGAGAACGAGUCGAAACGUCGACUUAGGAAGUCUGCUUUGGGACCUACAUUUGUUAACCGUGUUAAAGUUUUGUUUAACCUAUGAUUAACCUUGGUCUUUUAAAAAUGUAGAUAAUAUAUUGAAUGUACAGUUUUAAUUGUUGGGUGAGAGUUUUUUUAGUGAAUGAUAUAUGCAUGUGUGUACGCAAGUUUUGUGUUUAGAUGAUUAUGAAAUAAAAUACAUUUAA